AUGUCCGCCGAAAAACCCCAAUUCGACAUCGGCCACCAGCCCAACAUCCAACACCAAACAUUUCCGGGCUCCCAAGCCGACCUCGACCCAGCGCCCUCCGUAGCCCACGUCCCCAGCCCAGAUGGCGGCUACAAACUCUACCAAGCCGCGGGCAAGCUGAAAGACAAGAAAGCCCUCAUCACCGGCGGCGACUCCGGGAUAGGGCGCUCAACCGCCGUCCUCUUCGCCAUGGAGGGCGCCGACAGCUUCAUCGCGUACCUCCCCGAAGAGCAGAAAGACGCCGAGGAGACGAAGGCGUUGGUGGAGAAGUACGGGCGGAAAUGUUUCCUGUAUCCAACGAAUUUGAAAGAGCAAGGGAAUUGCAAGAAGGUGGUGGAGGAGGCGGUGAAGCAGUUGGGCGCGAUCAAUGUGCUGUUCAACAACCACGCGUAUCAGAUGAUGACGCAGGAUAUUUCGGAGAUUAGUGAGGAGCAGUGGUUGCAUACGUUUGAUACGAACAUUCAUCCCUUCUUCUUCCUCUCCAAAUACGCCCUCCCACACAUGAAGAAAGGCGACACAAUCAUCAACAACGCCUCCGUCAACGCCUACAUCGGCCGCCCGGAUCUCCUCGACUACACCUCCACCAAGGGCGCCAUCGUGUCCUUCACCCGCGGCCUCUCGAACCAGUUCGUCGGCAAGGGCAUCCGCGUCAAUGCCGUCGCUCCGGGCCCCGUGUGGACGCCGCUGAUCCCUUCGACGAUGACGGAUGAGGCGAUCAAGCAGUUUACGAGUCCGAUGGGGAGGCCUGGGCAGCCGAGUGAGAUUGCGACGUGUGUGGUGUUUUUGGCGAGUACGGAUAGUAGUCAGAUUAGUGGGCAGACGAUACAUUGUAAUGGUGGUGUUAUUGUCAAUGGGUAA